AUUUUAGAUUAAAAGCUAUAAAAUAAGGCGAGAAACCCAGAUAAAAGAAAAAAAGAGAAAAGACAAGACCAAAAGAGUAACCUUGUUGAUAAAAUUAAAUAUUGAAACUUUGUUUUGCUUUUUUUUUUCCUUCCUUAAUUUCUUAUUCUAUCUAUCCAACAAGAAGCACCGAGAAAAAGAAAAAAAAGAAAAAGAAAAAGUAAGAGAAAGAAAUUAAUGGCAGAUUAGAGUGUAAUGUGUAUGUUGAGCAACUUGGGAUGAAGGGUGUAAGGCUUUUCAAUCCCAGCUGUAACAAUUUGUAGCAAAGUUAUUGCAGGAAGUGAUGGGACAAUUGACCCAUCCUGCAACUUCCUUUGUAGAUACUUUCAGGAUAACCCAUCAACAUCAUCUAUAAUUUGUAUGUACUAAGCCCUUCGUAAAUUUGUCAAAUAAUUGGUUCUUUUUUUGAGAUUUCUUUUUUGGGUGAUACUCUGGAUAGUGGAUUGAGACAAGCCUAGAUGACUGUGGAAGAAGCUGGCAAUAGCUCCGAGUGGAGUAGGGGCCAAGAUAGGGCAUUCGAGAAUGCCCUUGCAACCUAUCCCGAGGACUCUGCGGAUCGGUGGGAGAAAAUUGCAGCUGAUGUGCCGGGGAAAACUUUGGAAGAGAUUAAAGAGCACUAUGAGCUUUUAGAGGAUGACAUUAACCAGAUUGAAUCUGGUUGUGUGCCUCUCCCUCCGUACGAUUCUUCUGAUGGUUCAGCCGGCCAUGCUGGUGACGAAGGAACUGGUAAAAAAGGAAGCAGCAAUUUAGGGCAUUAUAACAGUGAGUCAAAUCAGGGGAGUAAGAGUUCGAGGUCAGAUCAGGAACGUCGCAAGGGGAUUGCUUGGACAGAGGAUGAGCACAGGUUAUUUCUUCUUGGUUUGGAUAAAUAUGGAAAAGGUGACUGGAGAAGCAUAUCCCGGAACUUUGUGGUCACAAGAACGCCAACACAAGUGGCAAGUCAUGCGCAAAAGUAUUUCAUUCGGUUGAACUCCAUGAACAAAGAUAGGAGGCGAUCUAGCAUCCACGAUAUCACCAGCGUUGGCAAUGCAGAUAUUUCAGCACCUCAAGGGCCAAUCACUGGUCAAACAAAUGGUGCUGCUGCUGGAGGUUCAUCCGGAAAAUCAGCCAAACAGCCCCCUCAACAUCCUGCUGCACCGGCUGGUGUAGGUGUGUAUGGUGCUCCAACUAUGGGGCAGCCGAUAGGAGGCGGCCCCCUCGUCUCAGCAGUUGGCACACCAGUGAAUCUUCCUGCCCCGGCACAUAUGGCUUAUGGAGUGAGAGCUCCUGUACCAGGAGCGGUAGUUCAUGGUGCACCGAUGAACAUGGGUCCUGCGACAUACCCAAUUCCGCAUACAUCUGCUCAUAGGUAACAUGCUGUUUAGCUGCCAAAUGUACAAAAGACGGAAGACAACUAGCUUGUGUAGAUAUCGGGUUAUCGGGUUUUCCGAUUUAGCCUGAAUAAGAUUUGCUUAUUUGCAAGUACAAGUUUAUGUCUGUCAUUUGUUUAAUCUAUAAAUAAGCCAUAGAGAGAGUAUUUACAUGUAUCAAUAUAUAGGUAACUGUGCAAAAGGAAAAUGUUAAAUAUGGCAUGGUUUAUGAGUAGGACAGCUUUUUGGCA